UUGCUUUCGCCUUAGAUUGCGCCAUUCAUUUGUCAUUUUUUAUAUUUUACUACUUCACAAUAUUUGACUAUGUCAUUCCCUAAAUCACACAAAACUAACUAGAAAAUGUCUCAUUCUCUUGCUAAAGAUCCAUCCAUUUCCAAAUCAAAUCGUUACAGAAAUUUUAUUCUACUCUCAUCUUCUGUUUGCAUCAUCUAUCUUCUCGUAUCCGUCUUUCUUGUCGGUGUUUCGAAGGUCUCGCCCGCUAACUCCUUCGUAGACAACGGUAUUAAUGCCCCGACAAAGCUUGCGCACAUUGUAUUCGGAAUUGCUUCGAGCGAGAAGUUAUGGCCGACGCGUAAAGAUUACGUUAACAUUUGGUGGAAACAUCCGGAAAUACGAGGAUGUGUUUUCUUGGAUAGCUUACCGCCACAGGAUAACGAUACUUCUUCGACUUCUUUUCCUCCUACUUGCAUCUCGGAAGACACAUCGGGAUUCCGCUAUACUUUUCGGAAGGGUUUUCGAUCAGCGAUCCGUGUGGCUCGAGUGGUUUCGGAAACAGUGAAGCUUAACCAUUCUGACGUUCGGUGGUAUGUUUUCGGAGAUGAUGAUACGGUUUUCUUUCCGGAGAAUUUGGUGAAAACUCUUUCGAAAUAUGAUCAUGAGCUUUGGUAUUACAUUGGAUCGAAUUCGGAGAUUUAUGAGCAGAAUAGGAUCUUUGGAUUUGAGAUGGCCUAUGGUGGCGCAGGAUUCGCUAUUAGUUAUUCUCUGGCGAAUGUUUUAGCGAAGGUUUUUGAUUCUUGUAUUCAACGAUAUCCACAUCUAUAUGGAAGUGAUUCGAGGGUUUCUUCUUGCUUGGCUGAGCUUGGUGUUGGAGUAACCCGUGAGCCUGGUUUCCAUCAGGUUGAUAUUCGGGGAGAUAUGUUCGGUUUAUUAACUUCGCAUCCAUUAUCACCAUUAGUAUCUCUUCAUCACUUGGAAUACAUGGAUCCAAUCUUCCCCAACAUGACUACAGUAGCCUCGAUCGAACAUCUCUUCAAAGCCGCGACCAUAGAUUCCCAACGAAUUGUGCAAAAAACAGUGUGCUACGAUCGCUGGUAUUCGUGGACUAUCUCCGUCGCAUGGGGCUAUGCGGUUGAGGUCUAUGAAAACCAUAUAUUUCUUCCGGAUACUCUUCCUGUUCAAACCACAUUCAAGCAAUGGAAAAAGGGUUCAAUUCUAUCAGCAACAUAUAAUUUUAACAUAAGACAACCUCAUCCUGAUAUUUGUAGAAGACCCGCGAUUUUUUUUCUGGAUCGUAUUUCGUCGAGCGAGGAUCGUAGCACUAGUCAUUAUAAGCAAGUUCAUGUAAAUUGCUCGUAUGACAUGGCUUCACCGAGAAAGCUAGAAGUGAUUAAAGUGUUCUCGCAUAAGCUUCACCUUACUGAUAAACAGCUGCGUGCUCCAAGGCGGCAGUGCUGUGAUAUUUUGCCAUCUUCAGGGAAUAAAGUGAUGGAAAUUGAAGUUAGAGAAUGCAAGGAAGAUGAACUGAUUCACAUCCAUCCCUAGUUCUCAUUCAUUCAUGUAAUGGAUACACCAUUGCCUACACCAGAAGGAUCACAUGCAUUAAUUACAGGCAAGAUAAGGCUGGAGGAAGAAGCUUAUGACUCUUUUUGCAGAGACUAAUUGAAUCUAUUCAAGGAAAGAUAACGUUGGGUACAAGUUAGAGUGGAGCCUUACUUAAAGGAGCUUCAACAAUAUUAUUUUGUUGCUAAAGAGGAUGAUCGAUACUAAGCUAUUUCUUUUCCAUGUUUUGUCUCGAGGUUCACUUUUUGUUGUAAUUAAACUAACCUUAAUUUAUGAUAUACAAUAGAAAGGGAGUAAUAUAUAUGUACAAUUAAAAACUAAAAAUAAAGAGU